AUGGGAGCAGGCCUAUGGAAAGGAUGGAUUGUCCUCGGGUUAUGUGCUUUGCUUUUGGAUGUGGUUGAGGCAGGGGGAUUUGACAACAAGCGGAAUGACAAUGUACGUGUCGCUACUCCUGUAUACUGGGGACAGAACUCGGGUGGCGACCAGCAAAGACUUUCGUUUUAUUGUCAGGACGACGUGUACAAUGCCAUACCGCUUGCGUUCCUCUACGUAUUCUUCGGGACGGGUGGAGAACCUAUGAUGAGCUUCGCACAUACAUGCAACGAAGGCAAUGGUACCUUCCCAGGAACAGCACUAUCCAAUUGUACCUUUUUGGCUCCCGACAUUGAAGAGUGCCAAUCCAAAGGGAAGAUCGUCACGCUCUCGCUUGGUGGCGCGGCUAGUUCUGUUGGAUUCACGAGUGAGGGUCAGGCAGAGGACUUUGCGACGACGAUUUGGAAUAGCUUUUUGGGUGGAAGUUCGGAUAUGAGGCCAUUUGGGAGUGCUGUGCUUGAUGGUGUUGAUUUGGAUAUUGAAGGCGGAUUACCAACGUAUUACAACAACUUCGUGGAUAAGUUACAGUCGUAUACGGAUAAAGCUGAGAAGACAUAUUAUUACACUGCAGCACCGCAAUGUCCCUUCCCUGACGCAUAUACCGGUCCUGCUAUUAACCAGUCUCGAUUUGACGCUAUCUAUGUCCAGUUCUAUAAUAAUUAUUGCGGAUUAAAUUAUCCUGAGGUAUGUCUUCAAUUUGACUUCGGGUUAUGGGACGAGUGGGCACGAACGCAGUCUCCCAAUCCAGAUGUCAAGAUCUACAUCGGUGCACCUGGGUCUGCGACGGCAGCACAUCAGGGAUACGUAGACAUCGAUACGCUAGAAAAGUACGCGCUUGCGGCACAAGGGAAUUAUACGACGUUUGGUGGAGUGAUGUUGUGGGAUGCGAGUGAUGCAUAUGGUUCGUCCUUGCUGUCCUGCCUUAUCCCAUCUUUCACUUUUCACCUAAACCGCUGA